UCCCAGCACGGGCACCAUUUUAAGAGGCGGCCGCGGGGGGAGGUGGGCCGUUCCGCGUUGCUGCCCUUUAGAGAGGAAGAGGAGGAGAAGAUGGGCGAGGCGUCACUCUGUGCGGCUCAACGGGGCCUGGUUUCCUAGGCCGGGUUGCCACAUGCGGAUGGGAGGGGAGCCGCUUCCUCUCCAAUUCUCAGGGCGGUUCCCGUUGCUUAGCCCUUGCUGGAUUCCGCCCCAUGCAGGCGCCGCCGUGUUUCUUUCUCCUGUCCCUUUUCUCAGCCAUGUGUUCGGGGCUUUCUGCCCCCGUCCAGCUGCGUGGGCCCUGCCGUAUAGAAAGGAGUAUAGAAGAGGUGUGCCGCGACAUAUAAGGAUGAAAAUUAAAGCAGGCUCCCACAAUUUACUGUUCUAGUCUUUAGUGCCCCCCUACCUGGAGAACCAAGAGCAUCAUUUUAAUAAGAUUGGCCUAUAGGAGGAUAAAAGAGCUUACAGAUGGCAGAUAAUAGUAAAACAGAAGAUACUGCCUCAGAUUCUGUGGAAGGUGCUAAAGGUGACAAAAAAGAAAAAUUAGCAGAUCAAGUAAUGCAGAAUCCACAAGUCUUGGCAGCUUUGCAGGAGCGACUUGACAAUGCACCUCACACUCCUUCCAGUUACAUAGAAACUUUACCAAAAGCAGUGAAAAGAAGAAUUGAUGCCUUGAAACAGCUUCAGGUGAAAUGUGCCCAUAUAGAAGCUAAAUUUUAUGAAGAAGUUCAUGAUUUAGAGAGAAAAUAUGCAGCCCUCUAUCAGCCUCUCUUUGAUAAGAGAAGGGAUUUUAUCAUUGGUAGUGCUGAACCUACAGAUGCUGAAGCAGAGUGGCACAGUGAAAAUGAGGAAGAAGAAAAAUUAGCUGGAGACCUGAAAAAUAAAGUAGUAAUAGAAGAAAAAGAAGCAGGAGCAGCUGAAGAGACAAACCCCAAAGGAAUCCCAGAUUUUUGGUUCACAAUAUUUAGAAAUGUAGAUAUGCUGAGUGAAUUAGUACAGGAAUAUGAUGAACCAAUUUUGAAGCAUCUGCAGGAUAUCAAAGUGAAAUUUUCUGAGCCAGGACAGCCUAUGUCUUUUACAUUAGAGUUCCACUUUGAGCCCAACGACUACUUUACUAAUACAGUUUUGACAAAAACCUACAAGAUGAAGUCAGAGCCCGAUAAGACGGAUCCUUUUUCAUUUGAAGGCCCUGAAAUUGUUGACUGUGAGGGAUGUACUAUUGAUUGGAAGAAAGGAAAAAAUGUUACAGUUAAAACAAUAAAAAAGAAACAGAAACACAAGGGGCGAGGCACAGUCAGAACAAUUACUAAACAAGUACCCAAUGACUCGUUUUUUAACUUCUUCAGUCCUAUAAAAGUUUCAGGAGAUGGAGAAUCACUGGAUGAAGAUUCAGAGUGUACUUUAGCAAUAGAUUUUGAAGUUGGGCAUUUCUUCCGUGAAAGAAUAGUGCCCCGUGCUGUGCUCUAUUUCACUGGAGAAGCUAUAGAGGAUGAUGACAAUUUUGAAGAAGGAGAAGAAGGAGAAGAGGAGGAAUUGGAAGGUGAGGAAGAAGGAGAGGAAGAUGAAGAAGGGGAAAGUGAACCUAAGAAAGAUGCCAGCCAGCCUGCUGAAUGCAAACAACAAUAAGGAAAUACCACUCCUGAGUGAUAUUUGAACAACCUGUAACAAAUAUUUGGAUACCUGGCCUGCAGUUCAGGAUAUUCCAUUGCUGCAGCACAAUCUUAUUAACAAUGCUUAAAACUAAAUUGUUUUCAAAUGCAUGAUUUUCACUAACUUCCUUUUUUUUUUUUUUUUUUUUUGGCUUAACUUGUACAGUGGCAACUUAAUGCAUUUGAGAAAUAUGAGGUUCAGUUAAAGCACACUCUACGGCCUUUGGUACAUGGUAGUUCAACUGUCUCAGUAGGCUUUCCCAUUUAAAUUUUCAAGGGAAAAAAACCAAUUUUCCCUUCUGAAAAACUCGCCCUCAGUACAAAGUAAUUUUUGCCUAAAUAUAAGAGUACAUUAAAUUAAUAAAAUACAGUUAACAUGAAGCAAUAUGAUUUCUGCUAGCUUUUUCCCUUUAAAAUAUGUUUCCUGCAAGCUUCCAAUCAAACUAGUGCUACAGAGCCACUUAAACAUUGCCAUCUCCAGUAAAGGUAAUUUGAAUGCGAAGUAACAUUUCCUUUAUCUUUUUUGAGAGGAGGUGGUGGUUGAGAAAUAUGUAGUUGUUCACUUUAUUUAUUCAUGUUUGUAAGUACUUUGAUGAACUAGUGCUUUUAAUAGUUUUAAAUAUACUUGAAAAAUAUUUUCCUGUUUAUAAAAUAUGGGUACUUGUACAUGGAAUACUCAUACUCUGCUCACAGAAUGAUUGCUAAUCAAACUUUUCAAGACAAUGAACUUUGGGAAGAAAAGGGGAGGUCCUGAGACGUAUCUCCUGGUUUGAGUAAAGUGAGUUGCAGCACUAAAAUGUAUCACUGGCCUGGCUUGUUCAGAUGAUCCUCCCGGACAGAUCUGGGGCAUUGAGGAUAAGGUGCAGGUUCGGUGUGGUUUACACUUGACCUCCAAACCAAAAUUAGAAACUGUAUUUGAAUUCUGGUUUGGGGGUAGAGUGCAAACUAUAGCUUAACCAGUAAGACAUUGCAGCAAACUAUGGUUUGCACUAAGCAAGAAACAAAGCAAUGCUGCACCGCACACAAGGAGUGUUUUGGAUAUCUUGGAGGAUUGCCUGAACUGGACCUGUGAGAAACGUUUAAUUGGGAAAAUAUAAAUUGAAUUUUAAGCAAGUGUGUAGUUUACAUUUUAUUUACAGUACUCCGAUCCCUCUGUGCCACACUCCAAUGGUUUCUCAAAAUCCAAUCUCUUUCAGAAGAUCUGUUCUGAAUUACAGUUCACAUUUCUCAUGCGUACUCCAGGCAACAGCUCACAAGCAACUGUAUGAAUGCUGUUACCAGGCAUGUAGAGAGUGCUCCAGCCUUACCUUACACAUUUGUAACUUAAUACGGUGUUUUCAAUUUGUACAGAAUAGUUAGAAUAUUCUAUUAAAGUUGUGAAACAUGAA